AUGUCAAUUGGAACAACUGUACCAGCUAUUGAAGGUCUUGAAUUUCUUAAGGGAGAGCCUGUCACCAUUGGAAGACCUGACUCGAGUCCUGUGGUAAUUGUUGAAUUUUGGGCAACUUGGUGCCCACCUUGUAGGAAUUCUAUCCCACAUUUAUCCGAAAUUCAAAAUAAAUAUAAAAAGGCUAUAAUUGUUGGAAUAACAAGUGAAAAAGAUAAGAUAUCGUCAGUGAAAACCUUUAUUGAUGAGAUGGGCGACAAGAUGAAUUAUAGAGUGGCAGUAGAUAUUGAAGGAUCGGCAAGAUCUAUUAAAAACCAAAUAAUUUGGGUUGGGCAUCCAAUGACUGAAGAAUUUGAGCAAGAAAUACAAAAUGCAAUUGUUCAAGCUUAUGGAAGUGAAUAG